CUCUUUCUUUUCUUUUUUCAGACUCGUCAGGCCAGGUGACCUCCUCACCCCUGGGCUCACCCACGUCCCACCGAGGCAUGCACCCAUCUCUGCUGAGCCCAACGUCCAUGGGGCCCUCUGGCUCACUGCACUCUCCGAUCAGUACGCUGAGCUCCCCCAUGAAUGGCCUCGGCUCGCCUUUCUCUGUUAUCAGCUCUCCCAUGGGCCCUCACUCCAUGACCUCGCCUGGCAUGGGUUACGGCCCCAGCGUCAGCCCCCAGUUGAACUCUUCAAUGAACUCGGUCAGCAGCACGGAGGACAUUAAGCCCCCGCUGGGCCUCAACGGGGUGAUGAAGGUGCCCGCCCAGCCCUCAGGCACGCCCCUCUCCAUCACCAAACACAUCUGUGCCAUCUGCGGCGACCGCUCCUCAGGUAAACACUAUGGCGUGUACAGCUGUGAGGGCUGCAAAGGCUUCUUCAAAAGGACGGUGCGUAAGGAUCUGACCUACACCUGCCGCGAUAACAAGGACUGCAUCAUCGACAAGCGCCAGAGAAACCGCUGCCAGUACUGCCGCUACCAGAAGUGCUUGGCCAUGGGCAUGAAGAGAGAAGCCGUUCAGGAGGAGCGCCAGAGGGCUAAGGACAAAAACGAGAACGAGGUUGAGUCCACCAGCAGCGCCAAUGAGGACAUGCCCGUGGAGAAGAUCCUGGAAGCUGAGCAGGCAGUCGAACCCAAAACUGAGACCUAUAUCGAGACCAAUCUUGGUGUGCCGUCCAACUCGCCCAAUGAUCCAGUGACAAAUAUCUGCCAAGCAGCCGACAAGCAGCUCUUCACCCUGGUGGAGUGGGCCAAGAGGAUCCCUCACUUCUCCGAGCUGCCUCUGGAUGACCAGGUCAUCCUCCUACGAGCAGGAUGGAAUGAGCUCCUCAUUGCAUCGUUUUCACACCGGUCGAUAGCAGUGAAAGACGGGAUUCUGCUGGCCACCGGGUUACACGUCCACCGUAACAGCGCCCACAGCGCCGGAGUGGGAGCCAUCUUCGACAGAGUGCUCACAGAACUGGUGUCCAAAAUGAGGGACAUGCAGAUGGACAAGACGGAACUGGGGUGCCUUCGAGCUAUCGUCCUCUUCAACCCAGACUCUAAAGGUCUAUCCAACCCAGGUGAGGUGGAGGCUCUGAGAGAGAAGGUGUAUGCCUCUCUGGAGGCCUACUGCAAACAGAAGUACCCUGAGCAGCCUGGCAGGUUCGCCAAGCUGUUGCUACGGUUACCAGCACUGCGCUCCAUCGGUCUGAAGUGUCUGGAGCACUUAUUUUUCUUCAAGCUCAUCGGCGAUACGCCUAUUGACACCUUCCUCAUGGAGAUGCUAGAGGCACCCCAUCAGAUGACAUAAUGGUCGGUGGGGCUGAGCCCUCUUGCUCCUACCCCUGCCCCCGCAUCCCCCAGCCACCCCAGGCAAGGAAAUGACAUCCUUUUCACACCCAACCCCCCCUCCCCACUGCAGUAAAAGACAGAUCAUGUGACAAUUUCAAACGGAGAAAUGCAAGGCUUGGGGCCGGGGGGCACUUCUCCCCCCUUCCCUUCCUCCCUUCCUUUCCUCCCUCCCCUUCUCCCCUGCGCUCCCUUUGAUGUGUUUAAAAAAAUGAAUUCCUCAUGUCUAUGGGUCUGUUUUAUACCUUGUAAAAAUAUAUAAAUAAGAAAUAUAUAUAUAUGAAAAUCA